AUGCAUAAAGACAACUUGUCAUCAAAACGCGAUGAAUCGCGUUUUGUUGCAACGUCUACAAAUCCUACCUCAUAUGUGCGCAAUGAAAUAGAAAAAAUCAUCCGCGAUAGUUUACAAAAGGAAUCAAUACGCAGUGAUAUCACAGUAAUAGUUAAAGCUUAUUUAGCAACCAUACAAGAGGAAGAUAAUUUAAAUAUACCAAAUAUUCCAACUGCUGCAUCACCGAAACAUAUCAACGUCACAUUUUCGAAGCAGGACGAUGUGACAACUGAUAGUUCUGAUGAGGUUUUUCGCAUAAAAAGAAGUGCGGUACUGGAAGACAUCACAGGUACGCAAGGAUCAGUUGGUGAUGGAAAGCAUGUGGAGUUUUUCAACCCGAACCUCAGACAAGAGUUAGAAAUAAAGGAUGAAAUCGAAAAACGUAGAACGGGUCUGAAAGGAGCUGCGCCGAAUGGAGAUGAUUGGGUUUGGCUAACAAGUUAUUCUAGAAUACCGUACAAUGCAAUAGAAGGUUUCUGCAAGGCGACGAGAGAAUAUUGUCCACCUGGCAGACCAGGGUCUAAAGGAGCUCAAGGCGAACGCGGUUUUCCCGGUGCAAGUGGUCUUCCGGGACAAAAAGGUGAAAUUGGAUGGCCGGGAAAUCCUGGAUUAGAUGGUCGUGACGGAAUUCCCGGCGAACCUGGAUUAGAUGGCUUGCCCGGACGCUCCGGAGCAGACGGAAUUCCCGGUUUGGACGGUGCUCCAGGGCGAGAUGGCAUGAACGGGAAGGAUGGUGCAAACGGAAUUGAUGGUCGCCCUGGACAAACAGGCCCACAAGGACCACCUGGACCUCAAGGUCCAAGAGGUAUUGCUGGACCUAGAGGUCGUCCUGGCAGGCCUGGCGCUGAUGGAACACCCGGCAUACCAGGAGUGCAAGCAUGGAAGAAAGCAAAAGGAAACUCUGAUGAGCUAUUGAUUCCUCCAUCGAUAUUAAGUACUUCACAUGCUAUGCCAAUUGUGGUUCACGAAAGCGAGAAUUUGCGUUUGCGCUGCGCUGCUACUGGUGCACCGCCGCCAGAUAUUGAAUGGAGAAGAACCGAUGGAAAAGUUAUAUCUGUGGGUUCCUGGCAAGCAUCGUCAAUCUUCGGAAAUACACUGAACAUCACUCAUAUCAACCGAGAGCACAUGGGAAGCUACCAAUGUAUUGCGAAUAAUGGAAUUCCGCCCAUAGCCAAUCAAACAUUCAAAUUAGAAGUUUAUUUUCCGCCGUUAAUCAAAAUUCGCAAUCAGAGAAUUGGUAUUAUCAAUGGAAGCACCACUGUUUUAGAAUGUGAGGUAGAAGCUUUUCCGGAAGCGCUCCGAUAUUGGGAACGUGAAGAUGGCAAGCUCUUAGAACACGGAGACAAAUAUCAGAUCGAGACCGAAAAUCAUGAUUAUCGAAGCAUCAUGAGGUUGAACAUAACAAGAGCAACUUCCAAGGAUUGCGCCUUGUACCAAUGUGUUGCCAAAAAUGAAAUGGGGAUCACGAGAGGAAUAAUAACAGUUUUUGAGAUGAAUCCUAGUCUAUCAAUUCCUCCAUCUACGAAGUCAGAUACGAGAGCUUCUCAAAUAGCAAUUUACGGUAAACGACCCCCUGAGAAAGUAUCGUUGGAUGACUUAUGCCCAGCACCAAAUGUAUGUCCAGAAUGCCCUCAUCCAAAAGACUUUAAGUGUAAAGACGCUGCAGUAUCAUUGUUUGAUCUUGUGGGUCAUCUUGAUAUUCGUCCUUUGGGGAAUGCUUCGUAUCCGGGAUUACCGAACCGAAGCUUGGAUUGUCUGCUAUAUGCAGUUGGUAAACCUGUAUAUCAUCGCUUUACUGAUGAGACUACAGGCACGUGGAUGCAAGACUCGGCGCCUCGCAGUGAUAUUGUGGCAGAAAAAUACUGGACAACGCGCGAAGAAGAAAAUACGCAUCUUUACGAGUAUAACAACAAAACGGGUUUUAGACAAAAUCGACCAAGUAGAACUUAUCAGUUACAAUUUCCCUUUAUGGGUAAUUCGCACGUGGUGUAUAACGGCUCAUUCUACUAUCACGAGCGCGAUAGUCCGCGAGUUAUGAAAUUCGACCUGAUAUCGGAGAGAUACACUGGCAAUUUUGUUGUGCCCAUGAUUUCAAUAAGCAAAGAAAACUUUUUAUACACUACAGGAAUAAAUUAUAUUGAUUUUAGCGUAGAUGAUAAUGGAUUGUGGCUUAUAUUUGGAGUGCCUAAAACCAAUAACACUGCUGUAAUUAAGUUGGAUCAUGAAACAAUGCAGGCUCAAUACAUGUGGAACAUCAGUGUAAAUCACCAUAAGGUCGGUGAGAUGUUUAUAGUCUGUGGUGUUUUGUACGCAGUUGACACUGUCACUGAGCGAGACACAACUAUUAGGCUAGCUCUUGAUUUGUACAGAAAUGUACUUCAUUAUCCGGAACUCACAUUUACAAAUCCUUUCCGUAAAACAACUAUGAUUGGAUAUAACCAUCGAAACAAGGAACUGUAUACAUGGGAUAAAGGUAACCAGCUUACUUAUCCAGUAAGAUAUCAUGAGAUUGGCUACAACGCAACUGAGAAUAAUAAAGAUGAAAUGUCAGAUUCUAAGCAUUCAAACAUGCAAACAGGAUUUGAUAUAUAUAACUAA